AUGAGUAGAACUCCGUUAAAGAAGCAAAAUAUUAAUGAAAAGAAUAUCAUGGAUAUCGCUUAUGAAUGUGCGAGAUUCAUUGUCUUUCGAGAAGGCAGCAAAACAUGUAUAAGAAGAGACGAUAUUAUUAAACACCUUGAAACAACUUGUCAUAUGGUUCGAAGUCACUUUAAGGAGGUUUUAGGACCAGCAGAAGAAAUUUUAAAACAGGUGUAUGGCUACAAACUAGUUGAUACAGGCAAAAAUUCAUACAUAGUAGUGCUGAAUACUCCCUGCGAACAUCACGAAGGUAUAUAUGAUCCAGAAUUGAGAAUUAUUUUGAUCGCAGCAUUAACUCACAUAUAUAUGUCUGGCGGAACUGUGACAGAAGAGAACAUGUGGAGGUUUUUAAAAGAAGCUGAUUUAGUAGGCGAACUAGAAGUAGAUAAGAAAAAUAUUUUAAGGAAGACUUUUACAGAGCAAUUAUAUUUGGAAUAUAAGAGACUUGAAGGAGAAGACGCUGAAUGUAUUUUUAAAUGGGGCUUACGAGCUGAAAAUGAAGUACCAAAAAUGACACUACUUAAAUUGAUGUCUAAGGAGUUUGACAAGGAAAUUACCUUUUGGCCAGAUCAGUGCAGGAUAGCUGAAGAAGAAGAACAAAAACAAAAACUACAA